AUGCCACCACCAAUCACCCUAUCGGACAUUCAUUCCUUGAAGAGGAACGAAGCACUAGAGAUUCUUGCCCAGAUAACACGCAUCGAAAAAAAGACAUUCCCAACCAAUGAGGCGUUCGGCUUUGGAGAGGAGCUGUGGAGAAAGAAGCCCAACACGCGAGUCCUGUAUGCGACCCAAACCAGGGAGGGCACUCGGCCGGAGCUCAUCGCCUAUGCGGUGUACGUGCGCCAAAAGGGUGUCGCUCUCCUUCACAAGGUCUGUGUGAUAGAAGCUUGCCGGCGCCAGGGUGUCGGCCAGCAACUUAUGUCCUACAUUCAGGAACGCCUACGGAAGGAGGGCUGCCAGUACAUCCAGCUGUGGGUAGACAAGGCCAGGGAGCCUGCCCGGGCACUGUAUAGUAGAUGUGGAUUCAAGGAGCAGGAGGAGAUCCCUGACUAUUACGCCCCUGGACGGACAGGUAUUCGACUGGUCCUGGACUUGGAACGUGAUGGAUGA